UUCUAUCUUUUACCUUCGGUUCUAAAAAGUGUUGGCCAAGAAUAGGCUCGCCCCUUCUUGUUUCCCUCCGAUUCCAGAAAAGGUUGAUAUAUUGAAGUCGGUGCAAUAAAGUGAGUUGAAAUAAACUGAAGCCAUGGUGAUCAAAGUUGGUAUCAAUGGAUUUGGUCGCAUUGGGCGUUUGGUUUGCAGAGCAGCACUAGAAAAACCUGAACUACAGGUUGUGGCCAUUAAUGACCCAUUUAUUGACUUGGAUUAUAUGGUGUACAUGUUUAAAUUUGACUCUACACACAAUAGAUACAAAGGCAAUGUUAAGGCAGAAAAUGGAAAGUUGGUGAUAAAUGGAAAUGAAAUAUUUGUUUAUGGAAAAAGGGACCCUGCUGAAAUCCCAUGGACCGAAUCAGGUGCCGAAUUUGUCGUUGAAUCAACUGGUGUAUUUACAACAAUUGAGAAGGCAAGCCUGCACAUGAAAGGAGGGGCAAAGAAAGUUAUAAUCUCAGCACCAUCAGCAGAUGCGCCUAUGUUUGUUAUGGGAGUAAAUGAGGACAGAUAUGAUUCGAGCAGUAUGCAUGUUGUAAGCAAUGCUUCAUGCACAACGAACUGUUUAGCCCCACUUGCAAAGAUUAUCAAUGAUAGCUUUGGAAUUGAAGAAGGCUUGAUGAGUACAAUUCAUGCGGUAACUGCAACCCAAAAAACGGUGGAUGGUCCAAGUCAAAAGAAAUGGCGUGAUGGACGUGGAGCUUUUCAGAACAUCAUCCCAGCAGCUACUGGUGCUGCCAAAGCUGUUGGAAAAGUUAUUCCAGAUUUAAAUGGCAAAUUGACUGGAAUGGCUUUCCGUGUUCCAGUUCCAGAUGUUUCUGUUGUGGAUUUAACCUGCCGUUUGAAAAAGCCAGCAAAGUAUGAAGAGAUCAAAGCUGUUGUGAAGAAGGCCUCAGAAAGCAAGGAACUUGGAAAAUACAUGGGCUAUACAGAUGAGGAAGUAGUUUCCAGUGACUUUGUUGGCUGUACCUUUUCUUCAAUAUUUGAUGCUAAGGCUGGCAUUGCAUUGAGUGACACAUUUGUGAAACUUGUUUCCUGGUAUGACAAUGAAUUUGGAUACAGUCAUCGUGUUUGCGACUUGAUGAUUCACAUGGCAAAAUGAACGUUUAAGUCCAAAAUGUGACCGGGCGGCUGGUGAAAGAGUGUAAUCUUAGAAAAACUCCUUUGAAUCCACUUGCUAGUUCAGUAGUUCUCAUAAGUCUCUGAUUUACUUCUAUUUAAAUUGCUUGAAUGAUUUACAGAAA